CAGUCAUUAAACAUUGUGUAAACGGACGCGCAAUUAUCAUUGGCGAUGUCAAUGUUACUUAUGCUUGUAUGCAUUUUUGGAGUACAGAGCGCUUUAGGGAAAACUUUGACAGUAUGCCCCGACGGAUGGCUUGCAAACAAUGGGUCUUGCUACUUGUUUUGCCAUGUUGAAAAUGAAUUUGUGUUUUCCGAGGCUGAGUCAUACUGUUAUCGUCACAACAGCCAUCUUGUCCACGUAAACAACUCUGACGAAAACGAAUUUCUGAAGGAUCGACUAAGACGGUUUAGACGUACGUUAAAACAAACGUGUACUUACAUAUAUACACAUUCAUCCAGAUAUGUGAGGGGAUGGAGUAAUCCUGACAAUGUUGUGAUUGGAUAAAAAGUAUUGCUGCAGUAGUGUUAAAACAAUUUAUGUUUCCUC